CGAACAUCAGCUUCUGAAGCUCCUCUGCACAGCUACGUUCCAACGCAACAAACCAUCCAGCUACUGAAAAUUAUCGUCCCACACCGCCAUCAUGUUCAAGCGAAUCUUUGGAGAGCAUGGCGCGAAGAACGUCGUGACCCUCUUCCACAAGCCGUCGAGCACCGCCUCCACCCGUGUGCUUACUCUCCUCAAGCAAACCAAUGCGCAGUCAGUAGCGCAUGCUACGGAAGACCAAGCAAGCUCCCACCAGGCACAGGACAAGGCUGAACGUAUGGAAUUUGAGCUCGACGUGACCGAGGCGCCGCCUACCGCCGAUCAGCUCAAAUCGAUCCUCGAUUAUCUGGGUGGAUCUGGGGCUGCGUCCAAGGUCGUUUCGGGGGCACAAGAUGAGACAGAUGCGAUGCGGAGGUUGAAGGCAGACGGCGAGACGUUCUUGCGGCCAGUAGUGGUGGACUGGAAUCAAGGCAAAGCAGUCGUGGGAGAGAGCGAGUCCGAGAUUCUAUCGAUGCUCCGCUCGAUAUCCAAGGACAACAAGGCGUGAUACCAUAGCAAUGGUUCAGCUCUGUACAUAGGGUCGACGGGAAUGGCCAUGUUUUGUUGGGCAUCUAGUGGGUCCCUCGCACACGUGCCAGAUUAAGAGCAAACGAAAAGUGGGAAGCGACGGGUGGCUGCACAAUAUUAGCGCAAGAAUCUCCAAUCUGAAAUAAAUGUCUCAUUGA